ACGCUCCCUCUGUGUACACGCUAAGUUGAAUGACUGAAACUGAAACAACAGCAAUAAGGAGCAGAGGGAGUGUAGUGCUUUGUUUAUCAUUUUGAUUUAUUUUAAAUGCGUGUGGACCCGUUUUUGCCUGGCUAUUGUAUGAUCCGUUUCGGGGUUCAGAUCCUGUUAAUUAUAACUGGCUUUCUGUGAGUAUGGCUUACGCUGGGGCUGUAUGGCUCGCUGUGCAGGAGGAUUUAUACAGAGGUGUGUGUAGAGAACCCGCUCCUAAAGUUCUAACCACCACCACCGGCAGCAGCAGCAAUAACACGGAGCCCCGCGACACACACCAGCUCCGCCGCGGGUCAGUAAGUCGCCUGGAGAUUUUCGAUGACUACUUUUUGUCGCAGUGUUUUCAUUUCCCUCGCCAGUGUCUCACGUUUAUUGUGGACUGCAUUAAAGCGCGCAUGAAAAAGGAUGUGUUUCGACCCAACGGCGACGCCACUUUGAUUGAAGCAAUGACACUCGCGGCACUUUAUUACUACGCUCACGGGUUUCUCUCUAGGAAAAUAGCAGACGCGUUGGGAUUGGAUUACGCGAGCGCAAGCGAUGCCAUUAACACCGUGUCCAAGGUCUUGGAGGACAUGUCCCCCGACUUCAUCACUUUCCCUCGUACUUACGACGACCGCAUGGGCGUUGCACAAGGGUUUAAGUGCAUAAGUGGCAUUCCGAAUGUGGUCGGGGUUUUGGGUUGGUUACAUGUCCAGGUGAACCCUACAUCAAAUGAAGCGAAUCUCUUCCUCAACACCAGGGGGUACCAUUCAGUAAUGGUGCAGAUCAUAAGUGAUAUUGAUGGAAAUCUACUGAGUGUGGAGCAGUGUCGUCCUGGGGGGACAAAGGAACAGGAAGUUUGGGAAAGCUCAAACAUUUAUCAGGAAUUUAACAGACUUCAGCAUGGACAGACCUGGGUCCUAGGUGGUAAAGGUUUGUGUAAAGCUAAACAUGUGCUAAGCCCUGUAGAAAGCUCCAGGAUCGAGACCAAUGCCGCCAGACGCUUCAACACAGCCCAUUCUGAGGUUUGGAAAUCCAUUCAGCACAUCCUUGGCUGUCUGAAAACCUGCUUCCGGUGCUUGCACACUCUCGGGGCUGCAAGAGUUGGUAAUCUCAAGCCCGUAGCUCGCAUUGUCACUGCUUGUUGUGUUCUCCACAACAUCUCUAAAAAGUUUUCAGUACCAUUACCUAGCAAUUUGGUUCUGGAGCAUUUACCCCCAGAUUUAGAGACGAGACAAGAGGAACAUGGGAAGUUUGUUGACACAGAAGAGGCAGUAGAGGACAUGAUAGAGAUGUGUUUUGGGAAUUCUGGGGAUGAAGAGGAACAAAAAGAAAUAAGAAACAUCAAGGACAUUAAGAAGAAGCACCAACAAAAUGGUGCUUCGUCUAAAGAUUAUUAUUCCCACAAGAACCUUUCUAAAUCUUGAAAGACAUUGCAGAUGGGAACUGUAAUCUGACUCGAACAGAACAGCUCCAGUAAUGAAUGCCAAACCCUAGGAGGAAUACUGUGUAGUCCUGCCAAUAACAAAUCUCUGCAGAAACUGUGUGAUGUUGUUGUUGUUGUUGUUGUGUGUGUGUGUGUGUGUGUGUGUGUGUGUGUGUGUGUGUGUGUGUGGUUAGAGUGUUGGAGAAUAGUCACUAUUUUAUAGUCUUUCUAUUGUAGAGGAAUUUUACAAACUACAAGAACUAUACAAACUAUAAGAAUGUGUGCGUGUAUUGUUUUUCUUCUGUUCAUAUGCACUCUACAUUAACUACAUU